GACUAUCUGGGCGUGACGUCAAGUGGACGGCUUGAGUGAGCGAGAGAGUGAGCGAGCGAGUCGGGCUGCCCGAGCAGUCGGAAGUCCGCCUGCGGCUGUGCAGAGACGAAGCGAGGGAGGCGACGAGGUCGAGGACGAGGAGCGGACGAAGGAAGGAUCGAGGGAUGCUAGCGCGGGAGCACGUGCACGAGCGGAGAGCGAAGGCGCGACGGACAGUAGCAAGAUAGCGAGGAGAAUAUUCAUGAAGCAGGAGGUUUGGUGAAUUUUAGAACGAGGUUUGAUUUGAAGAUCUGCGGCGGCGCGUGGAUUUUUUCUUGUAGGGAGCGGGAUGGUGUUUUAAGCGAGGCGGGCAAGAAGAGGGCGGAAGCGCAGUGCGCGAAUUGGAACCGAGCAGAGCAGGGGAGAGUUGGCGAUUCGAUUGGAGGGUAGAUGCUGCAAGUGUCGGACGAGGAAGUGCAAGACGGGCGUUCGAUCAGAUUGUAGUCCUGGAUUCGCAAGGAGACGCGUCGGGGUCGACGGGAGAGCCACAGGGAUUUGCAGCGAAUACUAUGCAUGCGGCGAAGAGCGCCCUGAAGAAACUUGGUAGAAGUAGGCGGAGUGACUCACCGGGGAGGGAGUCUCCGAGAUCGCAAGAUAACAGUGGCUCGUCUAAGGGCUCGCAGAUCUCUCCUAAUUCCGAGCUAGCGACUCUCAAGCCCCUGACACUCCUGUUUUUCCAUUCCCGAAAUGACAAUGUAGAUGCUCUUCAGAAGCUCCUGAAGGAUGACCCGAGUCUCGCCAACAGCAAGGAUUAUGACCUUCGCACUGCCCUUCAUGUGGCCGCCACUUACGGAUGCACGAAGGCCGCCAGAGUGCUGCUUCAAAACAAAGCGGAAGUAAAUGCGCUGGAUCGCUGGCAAACUUCGCCUCUGGCAGAUGCCACAAAUUCUCGCCAUACGGAUUUGAUAAAAUUGCUUACUGAAGCUGGAGGCGAGAUACAUGGAAGUCAUGGCCAGGAAAUGAAAUGUGUAGCACCUCCAACCAUAGCCAAGUCUGAUUGGGAAAUUGAUCCGUCAGAGAUCGACCUUUCCUGCAGCGUCAAGAUUGGCAAGGGUUCAUUUGGUGAAAUCAGAAAACUACAAUGGCGAGGGACACCUGUUGCGGUGAAAACCAUCUUACCAGCACUCUCAGAUGACAAGUUGGUCGUGCAAGACUUCAGACACGAGGUUGAGUUACUUGUGAAGGUGCGCCAUCCAAAUAUUGUUCAGUUCCUGGGCGCUGUAACGAAGAAGCCUCCACUUAUGUUGAUAACGGAGUAUCUACCAGGGGGUGACUUGCAUGUCGUGCUGAAAGAGAAAGGACCAUUGGCCCCGCAUAUAAUCGUGAAGUUUGCUCUUGAUAUUGCAAGAGGUGUUACGUACUUGCACAAUGGGCCCAACACAAUUAUUCACCGAGAUUUGAAACCUCGAAAUGUUCUUCUUGGCGAAUCCAACCAGUUGAAGGUCGGAGACUUCGGACUAAGCAAAUUGAUGAAGAUGACAAAUCUUCAUGAUAUAUACAAAAUGACCGGAGAAACUGGCAGCUAUCGAUAUAUGGCUCCCGAGGUCUUCGAGCAUCGUUCUUAUGACAAAAGUGUAGAUGUAUUUUCGUUCGCAGUCAUCUUAUUUGAGAUGUUUGAAGGAUCUCCUCCAUUCGCCCAUAUGGAUGCGUAUGAAGCAGCUCGUCAAGUCGCCAGGGUUGACAAACGCCCACCUUUCACUAAACAAUACCCCGCAGGAAUGAAAGAAUUGAUAGAGGAAUGCUGGCGAGGAGAUCCUUAUAGGCGGCCCCUCUUUGUGGAUAUCAUACCUAGACUGGAGAAUAUAAACCAGGAAUUGCAAGCAGCAUGCCCCACGGAACGUUCUCAUCUUUGGCGGUUCUCUCACAAUCAUCAUGGUUCAGCCUUUCGAAGAACAAAUUCCUGAGAUGGUGGGAGCGGGAGGCUGUAUUGAACCAGUCUUGUAACUUUCGGCAAGAUGGCCUGAUCUCUCGCACUGCGGAGAACGUCGUCCUGGUCUCGAUUUCCAGAUGAGCUUUGGGUGAUUAUGGGAAGUUACCUCGAGAUCAAUGUCAGACGCCACAAAUCUCAAAUCGCAAAUCUGGAGAACUUGAAUUGUGUUUACAGGAUGUAGAAGUUUAAGAGCAGUUUUUAGAAUUUAGUGUACAUCACCCUGCCCGAAUUAUGUUCCACUGGCCCAGGGCUGUAUGCAGUUACUAUCCCUUGGUAUAGGAGAGAAGCCACAGUUGCUUUGAUUUGGUCACCUGGAUCAACCCUGAUCAUCAUUUAGUCCUGGAGAUGUUGGACUGGUUGCAGAUCCCUCAUCAGAAGGCGGAACGGGUAGUUUGGAUUUGGAAUUUUUAGGAUUCUUCUUAGGAGAAGAGUCUGGAGUUAUGAAGAAUCAGAGGAGAGGUCACCAUUUCGUGUACAGAGUUUCAUAGGACUGGCAUGCAAAAUUACUAGAGUGAAACUAGAGAUUCAAAGAUGGUAACUGUGGACAAUACAGAGAUUACUAUGCAAAUGAAAUGUCACUCCGCAAGAGAUUGCAAUCCAAGGUGAGUGACUUGCAAAUCACCCUUGACCUUGAGUACCAAUAAUAUGGUAUACUGUACCC